UCCCAAACUGUGGACAGAUCACUGAGCGAUACGUUUAUGAGUUUUGAAGUCAGAACAUACUGACUCUGUACGGCAAAUCAAAUCAGGGAUAAGAAAACUCCAGCUUGCCCUUUACAAAGAUGGCAGCUCGCUUUGGUUCCGUCAGACUGCGGUUUGACCACGCCUUCUGACAUAAUUUCUGCUUUCUGGUUGGACGUUUUCCAAAGUCACGUGACGUUUGGCUUUUUCUCCCUCUUACCGGGUGGUUGACUAGUCCGGGCAGAGCCAGAGCUUUUUUUUUUUACCGCGCAGUGUUGCCAGCCGGGGGAGCGGAUAUGAGUGAGUCCCUGGUUGUAUGUGAGGUCGAUGAGCAACUCGUGGAGAAGCUGAAGAAAUUCCGUUUCCGCAAGGAGACCAGCAAUGCUGCCAUCAUCAUGAAAAUUGACAAAGACAGGCGUCUGGUUGUCUUAGAAGAAGAACACGAGGGUAUUUCUCCAGAUGAACUCAAGGAUGAACUUCCAGAGAGACAGCCCAGGUUCAUAGUGUACAGUUACAAGUACCAGCACGAUGAUGGGAGAGUGUCGUAUCCGCUGUGUUUUAUUUUCUCCAGCCCUGUAGGGUGUAAACCAGAACAGCAGAUGAUGUACGCCGGGAGCAAAAAUAAACUUGUCCAGAAAGCUGAACUCACAAAGGUGUUUGAGAUCAGAAACACGGAGGACCUCACUGAAGAAUGGCUGAUCGAGAAGCUGGGUUUUUUCCACUAACCUGUAUUUUUUUCUAUGUCAGCGAGCCCGAAGUAUAUUCCCUUUAUACUUCUUAAUUCUCAUUUAGACAAGACGUCCACCCACCCUCCAAGUGUCUGUGCUGCAAAGAUGUGCAGGUUUUUUUU